AUAAUAAAUAAAAUAGGAGGAAAAGAAAAGUUUCCGCCAGUUAUCUGCAGCGAACAGUCGAUGGAUGCAACGAGAGAAGAACGUCCACGUGGAAAUUAUUGUUGUUACAAAAUAAAACCAAAAGUAGAAAAACAGGACAAUGAAAUCUGGACCGAUAAUUAAGACGACCGAGGGUUACGUCCAAGGCACUGCACUGACGAGUGUUCUCGGCCAAAAGUAUUUGGCCUUUAAAGGUAUUCCUUUUGCUCAGCCACCCGUAGGUCCACUGCGAUUCAAGGAGCCACAUCCACCGUCAAAGUGGUCGGGGAUCCGCGACGCGUCCCAAGACGCUGGCAAUGUCGCGAUACAACAGAUGUCCGAUACCCCGAUACCCCACAAGAUCUACGGCGAGGAGGACUGCCUCUACUUGAACGUCUAUGCGAAGAAAAUCGGUAGCAAGAGACGACCGGUCAUGUUUUUCAUCCACGGUGGUAACUUUGUCGAGGGAACCGGCAACGACUGCGUUUACAGCCAAGAUUAUUUGAUCACCCAGGAUAUGGUACUCGUCCACGUCAACUACAGGCUAGGUCCCAUGGGCUUUCUUAAUCUCGGCCACGAGGUGGCACCCGGUAAUCAAGGUCUGAGGGACAUCAUUGCCGCGCUGACGUGGGUUCAGAGGAACAUCGAGUCAUUCGGAGGUGACGCCAGCAACGUGACGAUUUUCGGAAGUAGCGCCGGAGCCAUCAUAUGCCACUUAUUUACUCUAAUACCGAUGGCCAAGGGUCUCUUUCACAAAACUAUUUUACAAAGUGGCACCAUAUUCAUGAUCAAGGAUUUAUUUAGGAAGAACGAUUUCAUGAAUGGAUUCAGGGUUGCCUCCCUCCUCGGUUUCGAGUCGGACGAUCCUGUCCAAGUGAUAGAAUUCCUUCGCACGGUACCAGCGACAAAACUCAUAGAAAUAGAAGACCGCGUCAUAUCCAAGAGAGAGAGGAUCGUUUUGUCGAAUGGCUCGUACGAGCCCGUUUACGAUGCCGAUUACACGAGUGAUCCACUGAUACCGCUACCGAUUCCCGAAUUGAUGAAGGACGCCGCUGACGUGCCGAUGAUCAUAGGACACACGACCAACGAAAGUCUCUUGAAUUUUAUCGGUGAGUACAACGAGGAGACAUAUCGAUACUACGACGACAAUAUCGACGAGAUCGUGGAAAAUCUGUUGCUUUGCGAGUCAGCGAGACUUCCCGAAAUCAUGAGGUCCGUCCGCGAGUUUUAUCUGAAGAACAAGCCGAUAUGCAAAGAUACCGCGUGGAACUUGGUGAAUCUGGUGACGGAUGUCAUGUACCAUCACUUUGACCGAAAACUCGUCGAUUAUCGCAACGAGCGUGCAACCGCUCCUACGUACGUGUACAAUUUCUCCUACAUGGGAAACGAACCCACGAUUUAUCAAAACGACCAAGGACCCCAGCCUUUUCAUGGUGUUGCACACGCCGAUGAACUGUCGUACUUGUAUUAUUUGUCUUACAUAAGAGAAUCGAUGGAAGAAAUCCAAUUUCCCCGGGAAGGCACGAAAGACAGGCUCACCGUCGAUAGGCUCGUCAAGAUGUGGUACAACUUUGCAGCCACAGGUGAUCCCACUCCAGCUGUGGACGAGCGGUGUAUCACGGCUGUUUGGAAGCCGGUGCAAAAACACGAUUUGUGUUACCUCGACAUCGGUGAUGAGCUCGCGUUGCGCCGUGAUGAAGAUUCCGAAAGCCGAUCAAUCUACGAGAAAUUGAGAUGUUACUUUUUUAAUUUUUAAAUCGUUUUUCCCUCGCUCUGUAUACUUACCAGUUGAGCUUUUUAAAAAACACGUCGAUUUGAAAUUGGAAGAAUAAACACACGCAUAUUACCGUGUACAAUGGACAA